CUUUAGCACUUUUUCCUCUUAAUACAUACAACUUCUAUCUCUUCUUUGCCUGGCUGAGCCUUUUUCUUCUAAAGUCCAUAAACAUGGCUCUUAAGAAAGGAACAAAACAUGCCGCUACUCAAACGGCGGCCCUCAAACAAAUCCUCAAAAAGUGUUCAAGUUUUGGAAGGAAGAAUACUGGUCAUGAUCACGACAAUAGCCUUCCACAUGAUGUCCCAAAAGGCCAUUUUGCAGUAUAUGUUGGCCAAAAUAGGACCAGAUACAUCAUCCCCAUUUCUUGCUUGGAACACCCGGAAUUCCAGAGCUUGUUACAACGAGCUGAAGAAGAGUUUGGCUUCAACCAUGAGAUGGGCCUCACCAUUCCUUGUGAUGAAGAAGUUUUUUGCUCUCUAUUUUCCAUGAUGAGAUAAUUAAGGUAGCUGAUGAUGCAAGAUGGAGUUUCUUGUCGUAUGUAGAGGUGGAUUAAGGUUUACUAUAACAUGGAUGAUGGGCACCACCGGUUACUUAAGCUGAGUAGUUUAGUGCAUGGGAUAUCCAUCAUCUGACCACGUGGAAACUAAUUGUCUGGUUUUUUUUCAUUAGUGGAGAUCUGUAUAUACACGAAUUUGGAAAUUGGAAAUUUCUCUUGUUUGUUAUAGUCUAAGAGACAGCAGAGCGGAGAUUUCCAGAUUUCCGUUUUUUUCCCCUCUUCAUAUGUAUACGAACUAUGAA